AUGGCUGCCGCCGCCAAUGCCGCUCCUGCCACGGAGCAGAAAGCCAGGCCAACCAAGCCCAACGAGGAGGCUUUCAAGGCCGAUCUCGCUCAGGCUGAAAAAGAGCAUGCUGCUGUCCAGGAGAAAUUGAACCAAAUCAAGGCCAAGAUCGAGAGCGCCAAGCCUAACAACCAGGACUCGCCGGCAGCCAAGAGACAACAGGAACUUCGUGCUGAGCUCUCCUCCAUUCGUCAAAAGCAGCAGGGAUUCAAGGCCUCAAGAACGAGCACCCAGGAGAAGAUCAAUGCUCUGGAGUCGACCCUCAAGGCCCGUAUUACCGAACAGAACAACUCCCGCACUCGCAUGCCAUUCAAGAAUGUCGAGGAUAUUGACCGUGAAAUCGCCCGUCUCGAGAAGCAAGUCGACUCUGGUACUCUCCGCUUGGUGGACGAGCGCAAGGCUCUCUCCGACAUUUCGACUCUUCGUAAGCAGCGCAAGAACUUUGCCGGCUUGGACGAGGCGCAGAAGGUCAUCAACGACCUGAAGGCGCAGAUUGCUACCCUCAAGAAGACUCUCGACAACCCCGAAGCCAAGGCUCUGAGCGACAAGUACACCGAGAUCCAGAAGGAGCUCGAUGCUAUCAAGGCUGAGCAGGACAGUGCCUUCAAGAACCUGAACGCCCUGAGAGAUGAGCGUACUAAGCUGCACGCUGAGCAGCAGAAGAAAUGGACUGCCAUCCGUGAGAUCAAGGACAACUACUACAAGGCCCGCAAGGCGUACAAGGAGUAUGAGGACGAGGCCUGGAGGAUCCGCCGGGAGAAGCAAAAGGCCCAGCGCGAUGCCUUUGAGCGCGAAAAGAAGAAGAAGAUCGCUGACAAGAAGCUUGAAGAGGCUUCCCGUCCCGCUUACACCGACGAGAUUCUCAUCGCGCAAGGUCUUAUCCGCCACUUCAACCCGUCCUACGACUUCUCCACCCUUGGUCUCGAUGACAAGAAGGAUCAGUCUUCCGCUUUCCGUGCUCAAGUCGGCCGUACCGUUGACGACUCCAACCUCAAGGGCAUGAAGGUCCUGAAGAAGGAGGACCGCGAGGAAGACUACUUCGUCGGCACCGGCGGCAAGAAGGGCAAGAAGGGUAAGAAGGGCACCGCCAAUGGCAGCCCUGCCCCCGGAACUCCUGCCGAGCCCACCAAAUUCAACCUCAACGUCGGUGUCAUCGAGGACUUUGCCAAGGUCAAGAUCGACCCUCCUAUGAAUCAGUCCGAUGUUCCUGCUAUUGUCGAGAAGCUUGCCGCCAAGAUCACCGAGUGGAAGAAGAACCAGGCCGCUAAGACUGAGGAGAACAUCAAGAAGGCUCAGGAGGAGAUCAAGCGUCUGGAGGAGGAAGAGGCGAACUCUGACAGCCAGCGUGCUACCGACCAUGCCAAGAAGGUCGCUAUUGAGAACAGCGGUGUCAAUGGUAAAGUCUCCGCCGAAGCUGAGCUGAAGCAGGAGAACGAUGCCACCGCGGAUGUCUCCGAGGAGCUCCAGAAGGCUUCGAUUGAGGACACGGCAUGA